GGCUCGCGCAGAGGCUGCCGCGACGGCAACCGUGGCGCGAGAGGUGGGGGACGAGGUGGGGCUGGCGCCGAAGCCGGAUCCGGAUCCGGUUCUGUGUACCCGGGUGGGUGAGAGUCCGACGGGCCUGGAGAGGAGCGCCGACCGCGAGGCCUCCACGGGCGAGGGAGGCUGGGGGCCGCAGAGCGAGAGCCGGGCCGCGCCGGAUGUCCACGGGGGCGUCGUGGGCCUGCCUUCACAUUUGUCAAACAGGUGUGACCGCUGUCUCCGGGCGAGGCGAGCUAGGCCCGGGUGGGAGGUGUCUGUUCCGGGAGCCGCGCAUUUAGCCUUGCCAGACCUUACAACAAAGAUGAAACCUGAUGAAACGCCUAUGUUUGACCCAAGUCUACUCAAAGAAGUGGACUGGAGCCAGAAUACAGCUACAUUUUCUCCAGCCAUUUCCCCAACACAUCCUGGAGAAGGUUUGGUUUUGAGACCCCUUUGUACUGCUGACUUAAAUAGAGGUUUUUUUAAAGUACUGGGUCAGCUGACUGAGACUGGCGUUGUCAGCCCCGAACAAUUUAUGAAAUCUUUUGAGCACAUGAAGAAAUCUGGGGACUAUUAUGUUACAGUUGUGGAAGAUGUGACUUUAGGACAAAUUGUUGCUACAGCAACUCUGAUAAUAGAACAUAAAUUCAUCCAUUCCUGUGCUAAGAGAGGAAGAGUGGAAGAUGUUGUUGUUAGUGAUGAAUGCCGAGGAAAGCAGCUUGGCAAACUGUUAUUAUCAACCCUUACUUUGCUAAGCAAGAAACUGAACUGUUAUAAGAUUACCCUUGAAUGUCUACCACAAAAUGUUGGUUUCUAUAAAAAGUUUGGAUACACAGUGUCUGAAGAAAACUACAUGUGUCGAAGGUUUCUAAAGUAAAUUAUCUUUUAAGAAAGACAUUUGUCAAAGGAGCUAAUAAUGCAACAAGGCAAUACUCUUCUUAGAGUUAAAAUAUUUUGUUGCUCCAACCCAGUGACCUCCAUAAAUACUGGAUUGAAAAAAAUAUAUAAUUCAACAAAUAUAAUGACACUUAGAAGAUUACUUUGGCCUGUGGGACAUGCUGUGAGUUUAGAUUACAAAUAAGUCUUAUAAAGGGGAUGAUUUUUAACCAAAGGAAUAUAUUUUUAACUUGAAUCUUUUCUUGCAUUGUAUUUUUCUAAAGUUUGGCUUCAUUUCUUUGUAGUUAUAAGUAGUACAGAGUUAUGUCUGCUAUCUGUAUUCCUCAUGAAUAAGGCUGUGUCACAUUCACAAAAUUAAUAUUUUUGUUUCAAAGAAACACAAAAAAUCACUUAGGAGUGGUAUCAUUUUUAUGUGAAACUGGGUAAGAUACAAAAUGUAGUGCAGACCAACAUUUGUUGGUUCUAAUACUGUAUUGGUAAACAACCUGGUCAGCUUUUUCAAUAAGUAGAAAUGAAAAUUAUAAAACAUGACAUGAUUCAAAGUAAACCAAAUUAAGUGUACAUCUAAAAGUUUAUAUAAUUUUCAUGUAGAUAAGGUACCACCUAUCUUAAAUGUGAAAUAUAAUUAUUCAUUUGUUUAAAAUACCUAAGAGCAAAUAUACUUUUUAACAGUGAAUUAGCAAAUCUUGGCAUAUAGUGUAUUUCUAACUUGAGUUCUCAUCUUUUCAUCGAUGUCUUCUAAGUAGCAUUUUUAUGAAAGAGAUUACAAAAUUGAGUGGAAUAUUUUAAAUAUGUAUCAUAGUACAUUUGUUAUAUCCUUGAAAUGUUAAUGAAAGCUUUUCUAUUUACUGUGAUUGUCAUAGUACUAUUAUCCUGGUCACUAUAUUGUUUUGAUUUUAUUUAUUUUAAUUAUUUUUUUAAGUUGAAAACUGGAUAUUUUAUUAAUGGUUCUAAUCUUUUGCAUUCCAUGUUACAUUAAACCUGUUCAUAUGAUGAAGUCAUUAGAAUCCUAAUGUCUGUUUCUUGUGUCUUCUGUUGAACUGUUAAUUAUGUCUUUAUUCA